GUCUGUGCUUGAGAAAUGACGUCAAAGCGUUUUACCCAAAAAUAAGAAAGCUAGAGAGCGAGCUAGACCAAUCAAUGGGGGUGGAAAUGAUUUGUAUUUAACCCCGCAAUACCGCAAUGCCGUAAUACCGUGAUAAAUUACAAUUCUAUAAUAUUGCCGUAAGUAUGCGGCAGAAUAUUACUUAGCUAGGUAGUUUUAUCGAUUUUCUCCUUUGUUUAAUCGUGUAUUGAUGCCGGCGUAUCUAUUAUUGUUUUAACUUGGAGGGGAGGGGGCAAUUGUAGGCAAUUGUAAAUAGAUCCGGAAUUUUAUGAAAUACCUACAUCCAUCUACAUCUCUCUCCCUUCCCUACCUCGUAAUCUUCGAUUCUUUGUUGAAUGCCAUCCACUCGAUCUAUUCAAACCGCAAUCCCAUGUGUCUGCUGCUUCUUGCUUAUUAUUGAGCUGUUACUCCUUGAACUUAACCAUACACAUCGCAUAUAACAGAGGCCAGCCCUCCACCACUCUCGAGACUCAUUUCACAUAUUGUUUAGGAUCCUUCAGCAGUAUUUCCAACUUUCCUCUCUUCAUCUCCUUACAUCCAUAGCCUCGUGUUGGAAGCAGAGAACUCUACAAUUCAUUCUUGAUUGAAAAAGCAAAGAAUCCAACCAGCAAACAUCCCAAAAUGUCAGCUCUUCAUGAAGCUCUCAAAUCCCUGGGCGCGGUGAAGUACGAUGAUACCCCUACCGAUGAUUUAAAACCAUUCCUGUCAGAUUCAUUCAACAGCGCUCAAUUGAUAAUCGAUUCAGUCCCCAUACCCGACAGUAUUGAAUCGUCCAACAGUCGCCCGCGGUCGACUACAGCAUCUUCUAUCGCAUCCUCAGCAUCCGAAGUCUUCGCAUCUAAUGCUAGAUCUCCGCCCCCGCCUCACGAUAUUGAAUCGCUACAGAAGGAGUGGAAACAAAUAAAAUUAAGACCGGCUGAUAAUCCACUGGGGAUGAGUGUAUAUUCUUGUAAGGGAAAGGAUGGAAAGGGCACUUGGUUUGCGAGGAGGAGUGUACACGAAGGACUGGGGUUUACAAAAUGGAAGAGAGGCUUAGAGAGGGAAUUUCCAGAAACCUUAAAGGUCCAGGGGGGUCCAGGUGAAGGUAAUAUUAGAGGUAUUGGUGGAGAGAAGAGGGUGGCGUAUAAUAAUGUUGCUGGGACUGGGAAAAUGGAAGUAUAUCUUUUAUCAGCACAAUUUCCAGGACCAACCACUCCGAGAGAUUUUGUCACUAUGUUCAUCUCCUCAGAUCAAGCGCUCAAAGAACAAAAUAACAACGAAGUACCCCGCCAUUUCAUGGUGAUAUCGAAGCCAUGUCAACAUCCAGAUGCUCCACCGCGUGAUGGAUACAUAAGAGGAAACUAUGAAUCUGUUGAAUUUAUUCGAGAAAUACCAAUUAAGAAACUACCUCCCAAAAGAUCUGCAUCUACAUCUGAUCUUACAAAGGGACAUGCAAGAGAUAGGUCCGCUUCGAAUUUAGGCAAAGAGGCCGUUUUGAGGAAUGCUCAUCAGAAGCAUGAUUCAUCCACUACAGAAGAAGAAAGAGAGAAAAUUCGUAAGCAAGCUUCACGUUCCGAAAGUAAUCUAGCUCUGGUUGAGACAGAGGAGAAGACGCCCGCACCAAGUGAGGACGAUGAAUGGGAACAAAAUCCUAUUGAGUGGAUUAUGGUCACCAGAAGUGACCCUGGUGGAGGUAUACCACGAUUUAUGAUUGAUCGUGGGACACCAUCAGCUAUUGUUUCGGAUGCAGGUAAAUUUUUGGAUUGGGCAUGUUCGAAAACAAUCGAGGAUUUGGAUAGUGAUGAUGAUGAACCUACGGAAGAACUUGUUGGGGGAAAUAACACAGCAGAGCCAGAAAAACGUGAACAUCGGCAUCACCAUCACCAUAAUCCCGAAAAAGAUCUACAUAAUUAUCAAACCAACGGUCAUCUUGCUGGUAUAGAUAUUCAAGGAGAAAAAUCGAUAUCUGUGACUGCUGGUCCAGCAAUGUCUGCAGUGCCAACACAACAACAACCACCCGCAAAUGGUGGAGGAUUAUACGGCAUGGUAGCCGGAGUAGCAACAACAGCCGGAGCUUUAUUCGCUCCAUAUGCACCAGCGAUUAUUGCUGACCGUCUACCUCCUACCACCGAAUCUUCUUCGGCCCAAAAUCCCGGGCAUGUACAAUUUGCUAGCGAACCAUCUUCAGCUCAAAUUUCCGCUCCUAUUACUCGCUCUCGAUCAUUAUCCUCGUCAUCUAUUUCUAGCGAAUCCACAGUGGAUAGUUUUGAAUCAGCUCUGUCCUUCCGAAAAAUAGCAUCUCGAGAUUCAGCUGCAGUCGAAAAGGCAAAUGUACAACAGGAUAAAGAGCUUCAGAAACUCGAGGAGAAGAAACGAAAACUUUUCGAAAAAUUGGAGAAGGCAAAACAAAAAGAAGCGGAUAAGAAAAGCGAAGAUGGUGACAAAGAGAGAGAAGCAAUUCGUAAAGCGGAAGAGAAACAUGAGAGAGAAGUCAAGAAGAUAGAGGGAAAACAUAAAAAAGAAAUGGAGAAAUUGGAGAGGAGAAAAUUAAGGGAGGAACAGAAGCAAGAGGAGAAAAAGAGGAAGAGAGAGGAUAAGGAAAAAGGAGAGGAGUUACAGCAGAUCAAUGCUAGUUUAAGGGCGGAGAUUGAAGUGUUGAGGAGAGAGAGGGAGGUUUUGAGGGAUCAGGUGGGUAGUGUACAGAGGGAGAAUACACUGUUAGUAGGAAGAAUGGGGAGAUUGGGAAUACCCGGAGAGGAACUUUUAAGGGAGGUGAGAGAGGAGUUGACGGGCAACUUGAAGGGAACAGGGAGGAAGAGGGGAAGUAGUAUGGGGAGUGCGAGUGGCAGUCAGAGGAGUGGUGUUGGCGGUGGUGGUGCAAAGAGCGGAUUGGGUAUGGGUGCUAGGGUUAGUGUGGAUAGUGACAGGCCGGCUGUUGUACCAGCGGUAGGGGACAGAAAUGGAGAAGUUUUAGCAAACGAGUGAAGUGUGGGAGUGUAAGAAGAGAGAGGGGAAUAGGGGGGUGGAGUAGACGGAUGGACUAAUGUGAGAUAGUGUUUUCAGGACGAAUGAGCUGAAGGCGUCCGGUACUAAGUUCUGAAAUCUAGGAGACAUGGUACACAGUACAUAGUCGCGAAAUUUCAUACAGAUAUACCCUUAUACAUAGGUACAUAUAAUGAUCAUUCAGCA